ACGGACGUGAAAACCGCUUUGAAAACCAAUUGAAUAACUCGGAAUUUGAAUUGAUCGAAUUGAUCGUCGGCAUGUAUAACCGAGAAUACUCGUAUUGUGGCUUGGCAUUUCUGCUCAUCGUCACUUUCUUCGGCUGCGGUACCGCCUGGAAACCGAUCGCGUCAAGCGGCUUACCGAUUACCUCAUACAGCCUCAAGCAAUCGCAUCCAGGAGAGGCGAGCAGCAGCCACGAGUUGGCCACCAGCUAUUCCCAAUUCGGAAGUAAUAAGGACAAUGAUCAUGAUCAUGACAAUGAUGAUGAAGAUGAUUUGGUGUUACCACACUCGACUGUGAAUGCAGUUGAAACCGGCUCAAUAUCACAUCAUCCUAUUAUUUUAAAUGAUGAUCAGGAGAAUCAUUAUGAGUCGUAUAUUUUAAAAGAUGAUGUUAUCAAAGCAUCAUCUCUCAGUCUUCCCCGCACUCCACUUUACGUCUCCUCCUCGUCCUCGUCCUCGUCCUCAUCUUUAUCCGCCUCAUUAUCCUCGGACCGUUGUAGUGUUAAAAAGUUUGCUUUCAAUCAAGACGGUGCGGUUGAAUACAACAACGAAUUGCCUGAGCUCGAUCAGUUUACACUAUGUUUCUGGAUGCGUUUCACGAAUCACACUGGUGAUCAUGUCAUGUUGACCUAUGAAGCUGAAAAGGAACAACGUGAGAUACAAAUCUGGGUCGCAAAUGCGCAGAAUUCCAGUUUCUUAUCGAUGGCCAUAAAAGGUCAGCAAAUGUACAGAUUGAACUACCCACUGAAAAUGCGGCAAUGGCAUCACAUGUGCAGCUCGUGGAAUGGAAAGACGGGGGAGUGGCAGGUCUGGCUGAAGGCAGAACGUAUUGGGCGUGGCUUCCACAAUUCAUUAGUGGGCCAUAAAAUACCGGCUAAAGGAAAACUGCGUUCAGGUGGAAGCUCAAUAACCGGUGAAGUAAGUCACGGCCUUCAUUUUGAGGUGACCCUCGUGCAAAUUUAUCGCGUGGCUUUGAGUGCGGGAAAGGCACAUCGAGAUCACAAACACCACCACGUGCACCACUUCGAUCACGAGGGUCAGGAGGUGUCCAGCACAGCACGUGCCCCGCCAAUGAUCAACCGACCGCAGCCCAUGCACAUGUUGUUGGCCAGCGGUCAAAUUCCGAGCAGAGUCCGCAUCAAUUUGGCCAACUCAGUGCCGUCACAAGAAUCACAACAACAAGGACCGUCAGCAAUCACAGUUAAUACCAAUUUUGUUAAUGGCCAAAUUAACACUGGCUCCCGAUUGGUGGCUCAGCAACUACUUAAUUAUUCGCCUCUACCGCCGAGCCGUGCAGUCGGAGGAAUACUAUCUACUCCAACUACAGUGACUGCGAAUGAAGCAGGACGGUUUCAAAUGCUGAGUAAUUCGGCAAAUGUUCAGUUCAUUGAUGAGACGGAGACACAUAUACAGUUUAAGCGCAAUUCGCAGAAGAAUCAGGAAUCAGGAAAUGUUGCUAAAAAGUUGCAAAAACGCGGUAUAGUUCUACUUGAUGACGGUUCUCUGGUUGAUGACGGACUCGAUAGCGAUAACAGUGAGAUCUACAGCAAGUAUAAUGGUCUAGCCGAUUUUGGAGGUCAGCAAUUUAAGCAUGAUCUGACGCUGAGAAUGACACUAGAGGAGGAGAUCAGUACGCAUGAUCGAGAGCCGGCUGAGGAGGAAGUCAAGGCUGUAAUGGCCAUAUGCAGUAACUGCGAUCCAGAGCCGUUUCAGGGUGCCAUUGUGUUCGCUUGGAAGGAUAUUAGCGAGCAAAUGAAUAACACCCUCAAGGGCCUUAGUGUCGGUACCUGCGGAAACUUUUAAUGCCUGAUUUAUCAGAUGAAGUAAGGAGCAGAGUGGUGCAGAUCACGCUUAAUGUAUAUGCAUUUAUAUAUAUAUAUAUAAAUAUAUACAUGUAAAUAUUACAGUUAGUAAAGUAAUUAACUUGACAAACUCU